AUGAGCGCAGAAGAGGAGAUGCGCACGCGAGAGAAGGUCAAGGGUAACAGCCCACGGCAAGACUGGAGCAAGUACGCCAUCAGCGGCAGCGAGUCGCCUCAGCGAAGGCCGAGCGACUCAGACAACAGAGCGGGUCAAGGCUGGGGUACGCAAGACCACAUCUCUCACCCAGGUAUUGCAGAACUCCACGCCUUUUCCACACCCACACAGUCUGCGCCCACAUCAGCAACCUUACCAUACCCUCAUUCAGGCCCCGAUCUCCACACCCUAAUCUCCUCAACAUCCACCGCAGGACCAAGUUCCCAAGCCUUUCCCACCAGUCGCCCGUCCACCAGCAGUCGCAACAAAGACACCAGCACAUCCAAACCCUCCAAGUCCAACUCUUCAAAGGCCAGGCCGGACAAAGGCAAACAACCACAAUCGGAAACGAAUGGUAAGGCUGCAGCUACUGCGUCUCAACAGGCGAAUGAAGGAUGGCCCGUACCCAUGAGCCGUACGCAGAGGGAUAAAGAUAAGAAGAAGCGGAGUAAGGCGACAGUGCUGAUGGAGCACGUGGACAUCAUCAAGGAUGAUUUCUGGGAGAAGAGGCCCUGGAUUCUGAGUGGGAAGACGGGUUGA